AUCUCUCCAUUCCCCUUCGACCUGGUCCGAGCGGAGGUGGAGAAACACGAGAGCGCCGAGCUGGUCUGGUGUCAGGAGGAGCACAAAAACACGGGCUACUACAACUACGUCCGGCCUCGCUUACUCACCGUGGUGGCCAGCAAGAGGCCCGUCUGGUAUGCCGGGCGGGACCCCGCCGCCGCGCCCGCGACGGGGAACAAGUCGACCCACCUGAACGAGCUGAAAAAGUUCAUGGACGCGGCUUUUGACCUGAGCGCCUUCCAGGAGAGGAAAGCUUGAACUGGACGGAAGGUGCGCGUUUAAUUUUAUUAUUAAGUGUUGAAAAUGGACCUGACACUCUUCACUGUAGAAGUGGAAGUUUUUUAUUAUUAUUUUUUGUUAAUGAUGACAGUCUUGGAACAUAUUUUUUCUAUUUGAGGUUUAGAAUCGUUUUGAUGAUAAAUUUCAAUUGAUCAUAUACGCAGUCGCUUCUCGGAACCCCGACGCAAUCAGUUCCAGGAAGUGGUUUGACAGUUGAUGUGUUUGGAUUUUGAAUUGGUUCAUUUUCCCCACGUUUGGAAGUGCUGUCGUGACGUUCUGCUCAUUCUUGGACUAUUAGGUCUUUUUUUUUCU